AUUAUUUUUCGACUGACGAGAGCGUCGGACGGAGGUGAAUUCUCUUCGGCGUCGAUUUUGCAUCUACGUUUUUACAACGUACAAUUAUUAACGUUAACAAAGCUGUUAUGGAAGUCGAAAAUCAACAACGAACGAAAGGUGUAAAGCCGCCGUUAGAGAGUGAAGUCCAAGAUGCAGUUGAUCAAACAGGUUUCGGAAAAUUUCACUACAAACUCUUCGUCAUCUGUUCAAUGGUGUUCAUGAACACCGGACUCGGAGCCAGCAGCUCGGGUUUGAUCGUACCUGCGGCUUCAUGCGACUUCAAAAUGAGGACCGAGGACAAGGGUCGGUUGACCGCCGCACCGAUGCUCGGCAUGGUCUGCGGCUCGUACUUCUGGGGAUGUUUGGCGGACAUCAAAGGUCGGCGAACAGCGCUGCUGGCAGCACUUUUCCUCGACGGAUGUGCCGGUCUUACUUCAGCUUUCGUUCCGAAUUAUUGGGUCUUCGCUUUCCUCAGGUUCCUAAAUGGAUUCGCCAUCACCGGACAGAGUGCCAUGAUAUUUCCAUACCUCGGUGAAUUUCAACCCAAGAGAUUGAGGGAGACUAUUCUCUGCUGGCUGGAGAUGGCUUGGACUGCUGGGAUCAUCAUGCUCCCUUUGCUGGGUUGGCUGAUAAUCCCAAUGACGUUCCGCUACACCUCGGAGAACUUCUCCUUCGCCUCGUGGAACCUCUUCGUCCUGAUCUGCUCGCUGCCGGCUCUCUCGUUCAGCGCGGUGCUCCUUUUCUUUCCAGAAUCACCAAAGUACCUGUUUGAGGACAGUCAGGAUCACCGAGCGAUGCAGAUUCUGGCUCGGAUGUACGCUGAGAACUCGGGAAAGCCGGCCGAAAAUUAUCCCGUGAAGUUCGUCAGGAGCGGCGGCGAUCCUUUGGAAGCUAAAUUGGCGGUAGUUUCAAACGACGGUCUAAUUUCACCGGUGAAAAUAAAGCGCCGUAAGAAGCUGAUAGGGAAAAUGUUGGGCGACAUCGUCAAGCACACGAUGACGAUACUGCGGCCACCGUACCUUACGAUAACGCUUCUCACCUCGACGAUACAGUUUGCAAUGACCGCCGCUUAUUACACCCUGAUGAGCUGGUUUCCGGAACUCUUUCGAAGGUUCGCCGAGUUCGAGAAGGAAAAUCCGGAUAGCUCUGCCGGCAUUUGUUCCCUUUCCGUCGUAAUGCCAGUCGCCAACUCUACCACGCAGGUAGACGUCGUAGAUGAAUUUGGGUGUGAGACCAAACUCCAGGGUUCCGUCUUCCUUUACACAAUUUUUCUGGGUCUGGCCUGCAUUCCCACCAGCGUCUGGCUUCCUUUAUGCAUCGGACGUCUGGGGUACAGAUUUUUUUUGGUCGUCAGCACUGUGUUUCCGGGCGCUGCUGCCGUUGGUCUCUUCUUCGUAACGUCAUCGACACAGAAUCUGAUAGUUUCUUGUAUAUUCGAAGCCCUGACAUCGAUGGGAGUUAGUGUGGUUUACUGUGUGCUGGUCACUUUUUAUCCCACACAUUUGAGGGUAAUCGCGGCGUCCUUUUCUGCAUUGUGCGGUCGUUCCGGUGCGCUAAUUGGGAACCUGAUGUUCGGCUACCUGUUGGACCUUCAUUGCAUUGUUCCGAUUGCGGUGGUCGCUGGCCUACUGUUCUUUGGCGCAGCUCUGACCUUCUUUUUGCCAAGGAAAGCUAAACUUGAGAAAACCGAUUCUACGCCUGUGAUGAACUAGAACACGAUGCCAACAUGUUCCGUUAAAACGCUGACCAUCUUCGCGAUUCUCGCCUUGCAAGGAAUCGCAUUUCUGCUCUACGUUGCGACGAAAUUUCCUGGGAUCGGAUGGACGGUGAAUUUUGGUAAAUGGAAAAGCGCGCAAGAAUCAUACCGCGACAUAAUUAAUCAUUCGCAGUAACUGUAAUAUCGCAUUUUACCUACUUUGCGCAAGUGAGCCAUGACGUACCAAUAAUUAUUACCUUCUAUAGAUAAAUAAAUAAACGUAUAGUUAAAACAAAUGCGUGCGUAACUGCUCACGCCGCGUGUGCGUGUGUAUUUUUAUGUCAACUUACAAUAUCGAUAAAUAUGUAAAAAUAAUUUGCACAUCGUGCGGACGUGUGUAUAUUGUAAUAAAAAUUUACACUCUUCAA